AUGAAGUACUACACUGUGGAGUACGACGGAUACACCUACAAAAGAGAAGAGAAGAAAGAGAAAGAAAGCACGCUGGGAGCCAAUAAUUUAAUUCAGGCACUUUCUCUACCUAGCAAUGACACGGUUGAAUUAUUAAGAAUCAUCUCCAAAAUGAACUCCAAAAGCAAGUGGAAAGAUAUCACAGAUAAGCAGGAAAGAGUCUACACAAAAAUGGACAAGAUUCUUUCGAAGCUCAAGGCGUAUACGCCCUUCUCUGUGCCUUUUCUCAGCAAAGUCAGCAAAAGAGAGGCCCCAGAGUACUAUACGCUCAUAGAAAACCCGAUGGAUCUCAGCAAAAUGGGGAAAAAGCUUUUCCUGCAGGAGUACUCCGACAUAGGGGAAUUCUGCAACGACUUGAACCUGAUUUGGGAGAACUGCUUCAAAUUCAACCACACGCACGGGAACGUGUAUGCGAUGUACGCACAGAAAAUGAAGGAAAAGUCUCUCUUCCUUUUGCAGGAGCUCUUCUCCGAGAGGGAGAUAAAAAUAAACGAGCCAGAAGAAGAAGUCAGGCACUUCUUAGACUCUGAAAAGUACAGGAAGGAAAUGGCAACGACAAGAGCAGCGAUCCUGCAGAAUCCGAGCGAGUUUACCUUUCGAAGGACCCCGCAGAAAAUGCACGACUUCUGGGAGCGCGAGAGGGAGGCGAUGGAGAAGCCGGAAAAUGAGUACUUCCUGCACAUUCCCGAGUACAUGCACUUCUACAACAGCUUUCCCGUUACGAGAGAAGGGCAGAGCCAUGGUCUGGGCGAGUCUUCAGAGUGCACCUUCGGGGAAAUAUUUCCACCAGAAGCCGUUGCAGCAUCAGGGGCUGCUCUGAAGGAGAAAAAGUCAAAUAAUAGCCCGAAGGUUGUAACGUACAGGGACGGGAAGUACUUUUCAGAGGGAAAUGUCUGUGAGAAUUUAGCCGUUGGAAGAAGUGAAGUUUUCCACCUUAUGAGGAAAGUUGUCUCUCUGCAGCUGCUUUCCGUGGGGUUUACGGGGGCUGAAGGGUCUGCGCUGGGGGUGCUUGUUUCCUACGGGGUUUUGAAGAUGGAGGAGGUUCUUCUGAGCCUGAAAGACCUGUCCAGGAAAGUACCUGAAAAUAUGAAUGCGUGCGAGUAUCUUACCAGAAGCAUUCUUAGCAAGCUAAACAUCCUAGAAGAAGAGCCGAUCCGGAAAGAGUUUUUCUCCGAUGAUGAUGACGAUACGGAGGAAGACUCGAUUAUAGACAUGAUAUACUCAAACCCCGAGGAAAUAGAAGUAGAUGAUGAGAUGUGA